AUGGCUAGUACAUUAAGUCCUGCUGCUGCGACUCAGACCCAGGAGCCUCCUGCGAUGUCUCAGCGCAUUCAGAAUGCAGCUGACAUCUCCGUCAUUGUCAUCUACUUCAUAGUCGUGCUAGCUGUUGGGCUGUGGGCCAUGGUGAAAAGCAACAGAGGCACUGUUGGAGGCUUCUUCCUGGCUGGCCGAGAUGUGGCUUGGUGGCCGAUGGGUGCCUCUCUCUUUGCCAGCAACAUUGGCAGCAACCAUUUUGUGGGCCUGGCUGGAACGGGAGCAGCUUCAGGGAUUGCUAUUGCAGCGGUGGAAUGGAACGCCCUGCUUAUGGUGCUAGUUCUCGGGUGGGUGUUUGUCCCUAUCUACAUCAAGGCUGGGGUGAUGACCAUGCCAGAAUACCUCAGGAAGCGGUUUGGUGGGCAGAGACUUCAGAUCAGCCUCUCGGUCCUCUCCCUCUUCAUCUUGGUGGCCAUCCAAAUCUCCUCAAGCAUAUUUUCAGGAGCCAUAUUCAUUCAAAUAGCUUUGGGAUUGAACCUUUACCUGGCGAUCUUCAUCCUCUUGAUUAUCACUGCUGUUUACACAGUUGCUGGGGGCUUGGCCUCCGUGAUUUACACAGACACUAUCCAGGCUUUUAUCAUGCUGGUUGGCUCUUUAAUUCUCAUGGGGUUUGCAUUUGAUGAAGUCGGAGGCUAUGAGAGCUUCACAGAGAAGUACAUGAACGCCAUCCCCUCUGUAGUCGAGGGGGACAACCUGACCAUCAGCCCCGAGUGCUACACUCCUCAGCCAGACUCCUUCCACAUCUUCCGAGAUCCUAUCACUGGAGACAUUCCAUGGCCGGGCCUGAUAUUUGGAAUGAGCAUUUUAGCUAUAUGGUACUGGUGUGCAGACCAGGUCAUUGUGCAGCGCUGCUUAUGUGGCAAGAACAUGUCUCAUGUGAAGGCUGCCUGCAUCCUCUGUGGCUACCUGAAGCUGCUGCCCAUGUUCCUCAUGGUGAUGCCAGGGAUGAUCAGCCGGAUUCUGUACACAGAUAAGGUGGCCUGCGUUGUACCUUCUGAGUGCAUGAAACAGUGCGGCACUGAAGUUGGCUGCACCAAUUAUGCCUACCCUAUGCUGGUGCUGGAACUGAUGCCUGAUGGACUUCGAGGCCUGAUGCUGUCUGUUAUGUUGGCCUCUCUCAUGAGCUCUCUGACCUCCAUCUUCAACAGCGCCAGCACCCUCUUCACCAUGGACCUCUACACCAAGAUGAGGAAGAAGGCAUCUGAGAGAGAGCUCCUGAUAGCCGGACGGCUCUUUGCCAUUGUUCUAAUUGUCAUCAGCAUCCUGUGGGUCCCAUUGGUACAGGCAUCACAAAAUGGACAGCUAUUUCACUAUAUGUCAUCAUUUUCUAGCUACAUUGGGCCUCCAGUAGGUGCUGUCUUCAUGCUUGCCAUAUUGUGUAAAAGAGUCAAUGAACAGGGUGCAUUCUGGGGCCUAAUGGUUGGAUUUGUGAUAGGCCUUAUUCGUAUGAUCGCAGAGUUUGCAUAUGGAACAGGGAGUUGCUUGGCUCCCAGUAAAUGUCCAGAGAUUAUCUGUGGAGUGCACUAUAUGUAUUUUGGCAUCAUUGUGUUUUUUAUUACCAUACUAGUCAUCCUGGCAAUCUCCUUCCUAACGAAACCAAUUCCCGAUGUUCACCUGUACCGCCUGUGCUGGAGCCUUUGGAACAACACGGAAGAGCGUAUUGACUUAGAUGCAAAGGAGGAAAGUCACGAAGAAGCUGGUAGUGCUCUUGAAGAAGAUGAUCCUGAGCAACCCCGUGGAUGUCUCAAGAGGGCAUGUAGCUUAUUCUGUGGUUUGCAGAAUACAGGGCCCAAGCUGAGCAAAGAGGAGGAAGAAGCCCUGAGGAAAAAGUUUACUGACACCUCUGAGAAGCCCUUGUGGAGAAAUGUAGUGAAUGUCAAUGCCAUCGUCCUCCUGACUGUGACCGUCUUUGUGCAUGCCUAUUUUGCCUGAACUCUGAAUGAAGCAAAGAAUAAUUGUUAAAUUUCCUUUUAUAAAUGUUGCUCUGUCACAGUUAGUUGACCAAUUGAAAAUGUUAAGUAAUUAAGUUACUAUACAAAUAUCUUGUUUUUAGCAAGCCAUUGUGUCAAUUGGGUAAAAAUUCUUCUCCCCCUCUCUAUUUAGAUAUAACUGGAAAUGAAAAUUGUAUAUAUUUAAGAUAUACACAGUGAUUUGAAUUGUGCACACGCUUUGAAAAGAUUGCCAUGAUCAGACUAAUUAACAUAUCCAUCACUCUAUUUGGUCAUGCAUAUAUAUUUGGUAACAAUACUUAAGAACUGCUCAUCUAGUACAUUUCAGUCAUACUAGACUAUUUUUAUGCUGAUCACAUACAAGAAUUCUUUUUGUAUCUAAAAGUUUAUUCCCUUUGAUCAUAUCUCCCUAUUUCAAAAGUUUACAACUUAUAAAAUCUUGGACAGUCAAUAUUUGUGGUGGGUUGAAUGAGAAUGGCCUUCAUAGGCUCAUAGAUGUGGGUGCUUAGCCACCAGGGAGUGGAACUAUUUGAGAAGGUUUAGAAGGAUUAGGAGGUGUGGCCUUGUUGGGGAAAAUGCAUUACUGAGGGUGGGCUUUGAGGUUUCAAAAGUUUAUGCCAGGCCCAUGUCUUAGUCUCUGCCUGCUGCCUGCUUAUCAGGAUGUAAAACUCUCAGCUACUGUUUCAUUGUGUGCCUGUGUGCUUUUUAUCAUGAUAUCAUGGACUAACCCUCUAAAACU